UACCUUUUCUUCUGUAGGGUUUAAGGUUUUCAAAAAAGAUGGAAGCUUUCGGUGGGUUUCACAAGGAAGAUGAUGAGCAGAUGGAUUUGCCUCCUGGUUUCAGGUUUCAUCCAACAGACGAAGAACUCAUAACCCACUAUCUACACAACAAGGUUCUUGACAUGGCUUUCUCGGCUAAAGCUAUUGGUGAGGUGGAUUUGAACAAAGCUGAGCCUUGGGAGUUGCCUUAUAAAGCAAAAAUGGGUGAGAAAGAAUGGUAUUUUUUCUGUGUGAGGGAUAGAAAGUAUCCGACUGGUUUGAGGACUAACCGAGCAACCCAAGCCGGUUAUUGGAAAGCGACAGGGAAGGAUAAGGAGAUUUACCGAGGCAAAUCGCUUGUUGGUAUGAAGAAAACACUUGUUUUCUAUAGAGGAAGAGCUCCUAAAGGCCUCAAAACAAAUUGGGUGAUGCAUGAGUAUCGGCUAGAUGGGAAACNUUUUUAA